AUGAGAAAUUUUGAUAUCUUUGCAGAGUCUCAUCAUAACGACCCAUCAGGAGCUGCUGGGCAUUCUUUAUUAGCAACUAAUCAAGCUUAUAAGUGGAAACAAAUUAUUUGUGAAAAUGGACCUCGUCCUGGUCCACGAAGUGGAGCAGCAAGCGUUGUAUAGGGAAUCCACCUUUAUAGCUCACUAUUAAAUAUCAGUAAUAUUGAGUAACAAGAAUUAACUAAAAUAAAACAAUUUUGUUAAAUAAUGUAAAACUUGCCAAAUUAGGUUUUACAAGGAUUUUUAGUCCUUAUAAAGAUCAAAUUGCAUUCUAUAACUUUAUAUGAUGAUUCGUUAUAUAUCUUUGGAGGGUACGGAGGAAAUGGCCGACUCGAUGACCUCUGGGAGUAUAAUUUUAUUGAAAAGCAAUGGCAUCAAUUAAAUACCCGAGGAACAGCUCCAGCAGGGCGAGAAAAUAAUGGUGCAGUUUUAUACAAAGGUGGCAUGUAUAUUUUUGGAGGCUACUCUGGUCUAUUUUGGCUAAAUGACUUUCACCGUCUUGAUCUUCGUAAGUUAUAAGCAGAUUCCCUAACCUGGACACCCGUUAUUGCUAAAGAAGGCAGCCCUCCUUCAACCCGCUUUGGCUACGUCAGCGCAGCCUGAAAUGAUACUUUUUUAGUAUUUGGCGGCUACGAUGGCUCAAACUGGCUUAAUGACAUGCACGAAUACAAUUUUGUAAAAAUGAAAUGGACCAAGCUUGACGUCCAGGGCGUUUCUCCAAGUGUGAGAAGCUGCCCUUCUUGGGCCUCAUAUGGAAAUAGCGUUUAUUUAUUUGGAGGUUAUGACGGUGUCCACAGAAUGAACGAUUUUUAUGAGUUCGAUUUGGAGCAAAAAAUGUGGAAACUUGUCCUAUUCUCUGGGCCGGCACCAUCUCCAAGGUAUUUCCACUCAUCAGUUGUAUAUGGAGACUGCAUGUAUUUAUUUGGCGGAUACAGUGGGAUUGAAAGGCUUCAGGAUUUAUAUCAGUUUGAUUUUAAUAAAAAAUGCUGAAGCUGCUUAGUUGUGGAAGACGCUCCAACUGGCAGGUCUAGCUUGGUCACACAAGUGUAUAAUCAUUCAAUGUUUGCAUUUGGAGGGUAUAAUGGGAAUUUAGUGCUUAAUGAUUUUUAUAAAUUUCAGUUUGAAAUGGUGGCGAUACCGCCAUCAAGCUUGCUAUACCAAUUUAUAAUGGCUUUCCACUACCUUUUUUAUUAUAUAUAGAAAUGCUUUUAGCCAUUAAAAAGGUGUAUCUGAUUUAAGAAAAAUGAUAAACCAUCCAAGAUUUAGCGAUGUCACUUUUAUUGUAGACGGUUUAAGUUUAAGUUACUCUUACACUUCAGUGCUAUUAGUCUUGUUUUACUUGAGGCCCAGCUAUAUUAACAGCUCUGAACAACGAUAGGUGGACCGGCCUAACCGUCGAACCGUUAAAGUUAAUAAGCCCAUUAAGACUUCUCAAGUUAGUGCCAGUCUCAGGACUGACCUCUUCUCUUCUAGCCGAGACUCUCAAGAAGCUAUAACUUCUCUCACUAAGCUCGGCUAUAGGUCCAUCCUGCUGAUAGCAGGAGCUAGGAUCUAUCCCUAAAAUGGCAUUUUUGAUAUUGUAUUGUAGACGGAAAAGAAAUUAAAGCAAAUAAAGACAUUUUAGCAGUCAGAUGUGAACAUUUCAGAGCAUUGUUUUAUGGAGGGAUGAAAGAGCAAACAGAUUCCUGUGUAAGAAUUGAUGAUAUACAAUACCAAGUAUUUGAAGCAGUUUUGGAGUAUUUGUAUACAGAUUGUGUAAAAUCAAUGAGCGUGGAUAUGUAUUUAUUGCUUAUGAUAGCGGCAGAAAGGUUUAUGAUUGAUAGACUUAAAGCGCUGUGCCAAGAUAAUAUAAGGAAAAAUAUUAAUAUUGAUAAUGUGGUGCCUAUUUUGAGAGUGGUUUAUUAUCAUGGGGAAAACUCUUUGAAAGAAAUAUGUAUGGAUUACAUACGCGUGAAUUUUAAAGAUGUCAGGCGAAAUUCGUCAUUUCAAGAGCUGGAAGAGGAACCACAUUUAAUGAUGGAACUGCUAAUGAGACUUUAA